UCCAGUAUUCAUUCACCUUAAAAAAAAAACAACAACAGAAAACAUCACACAACAAAAAUCAUUACACCAAAACUUCAGCAAAAAUUCUCCAGCGCCCUCCUUCAUACACCAUACAUCAACACACACCUACGCACACACACACACACACACACACACACGCUCGCGCUAUUUUAAUGUACGGCAAUGACGCACCUGCAACCCCAACGUCGCUUCUACUCCCCAAUGCGGCGAUUUAAAGGAGGCGGUGGUGGUGAUGGUGCUGGCAGCUUAAGCGCAGCAAGUGUCAGUAGAUAUGCACAAGCAGAUGCUCGCAACAGCAAUAGCAAUAGCAAAAACAACAACAACUCCAGCAACAGCAAUAACAGCGAAAGUGCAAUUGCCAUUGACGCCGCCUUUGCUUCUGCCUCUAUCGGCGGUGGUGGUGGUGAUUGUGGUGUAGAAACAGUGUUUAACACUAACGCUUGCACGGCAGCUGUUGCGCUCGAUUGUUGCAGCAGUAAUGGUGGUGAUGGUGUUGUAAGUGCGGCACAUUGCCACACUCCAUCGUCCUCCCGCACAGCAAGCCACCCGACAGCAAUGUACACACGCGCCGCCGCCAGUAUUCUUCACCCCAACAGCCACAGCGUUCUCCACCACCUUCCACCAAUCAUUCUUCGUCGUGAACGUCGCCUUUGUUGGCUCUUUUGUGUAAAUUCUCACUUUCUCCUCCUCAUCCUCCUACUGUUGCUUGCUGCCUGCGGUGAUUUCCUUCAGGUUGCCGCCGAACCAUAUGGCGGCUCUUCGGUGGGCAUACAUAUACCCGGCGGCAGUUUGGGCGUGAUCAGUGAAUCACGUUGUCCGCGUGUGUGUUCGUGUAAUGGCCUGACGGUAGACUGUUCGCAUCGUGGUUUAACACAAGUGCCGAGGAAGAUAUCAGCGGAUGUGGAGAGACUCGAUUUGCAAGGCAAUAACAUAACUGUCAUUUUUGAAGCUGACUUUCAACGCUUAACGAAACUACGAAUACUCCAACUAACGGAUAAUCAAAUACACACAAUUGAAAAGGGCGCAUUCCAGGAUCUGGUGUCACUGGAGCGAUUGCGCCUUAACAACAAUCUGCUAAAGGCGAUACCUGAAAAUCUAGUGUCAAGUUCAGCGAGUCUUUUGCGAUUGGAUAUCUCGCACAAUAUCAUUACAACAGUGGGACGACGUGUCUUCAAGGGCGCGCAAUCUUUGCGCUCUCUACAGUUGGACAACAAUCAGAUCACCUGUAUGGAUGAGCAUGCGUUUAAGGGUCUUAUUGACUUGGAAAUUCUCACUCUCAACAACAACAACUUAACUUCGCUGCCGCAUAACGCUUUUAGUGGUCUGAAUCGCUUACGUGCUCUACGUCUGUCUGAUAAUCCCUUUUCUUGUGACUGUCAUUUGUCGUGGCUUUCGCGUUUCUUGCGUAGCGCUCCCAGACUUGCGCCAUAUACGCGCUGUCAGUCGCCUUCUCAGCUAAAGGGUCAAAAUGUGGCGGAUCUGCAUGAUCAGGAAUUCAAGUGUUCAGGUCUCACCGAAAAUGCGCCAAUGGAAUGUGGCAUGGAGAAUAGCUGUCCACAUCCGUGUCGUUGUGCUGAUGGCAUCGUUGAUUGUCGCGAGAAGAGUCUCACAAGUGUACCUGUGUCACUGCCAGAUGAUACAACCGAGCUCCGCUUGGAACAGAAUUUCAUUACUGAAUUGCCACCAAAAGCAUUUGCGAAUUUCCGUCGCCUACGUCGCAUUGACCUAUCGAACAAUAACAUUUCGCGUAUUGCCCACGACGCUUUGGCUGGCCUAAAAGCGCUCACCACACUCGUACUCUAUGGCAAUAAAAUAAAGGAUUUGCCCUCAGGCGUAUUUAAAGGACUUACAUCGCUGCAACUACUCCUGUUGAAUGCCAAUGAAAUCUCUUGCAUACGCAAGGACGCUUUUCGCGAUUUGCACAGUCUCAGCCUGCUUUCGCUCUACGAUAACAACAUUCAAUCGCUGGCUAAUGGCACCUUCGAUGCAAUGAAGAGCAUACAAACACUGCAUCUGGCAAAGAAUCCCUUCAUUUGUGACUGCAAUCUUCGCUGGUUGGCUGAUUACUUGCACAAAAACCCCAUCGAGACAAGUGGCGCACGCUGCGAAGCCCCAAAGCGAAUGCAUCGACGGCGCAUUGAGUCGUUGCGUGAGGAGAAAUUCAAAUGCUCAUGGGACGAUAUGCGUAUUAAAUUGUCGAGCGAAUGUCGCGCAGAUGUCGAUUGCCCGGCAAUGUGUCAGUGCGAUGGUACUUCAAUUGAUUGCUCAGGUCGUGGCCUUAAAGAAAUUCCACGCGAUAUACCGCUACAUACCACUGAACUACUCUUAAGCGACAAUGAGCUGGGGCGCAUCAAAUCCGAUGGUCUCUUUGGUCGUCUGCCACAUCUGGUUAAACUCGAUUUGCGACGCAAUCAUAUAACCGGCAUUGAACCGAAUGCCUUUGAGGGUGCAAAUCGUAUACAAGAAUUGGUUAUGGCUGAAAAUAAAAUUCGAGAGAUUUCGAAUAAAAUGUUUUUGGGUUUACAUCAACUGAAAACACUGAAUCUUUAUAACAAUCAAAUUUCUUGUGUGAUGCCUGGUUCAUUUGAAUUCCUGUCAUCGCUCACCUCGCUAAACUUGGCUGCCAAUCCAUUCAAUUGCAACUGUCAUUUGGCCUGGUUUUCCGAGUGGCUACGAAAGAAGGGUCUGAUCGGCGGUGCGGCACGUUGUGCUGCCCCCUCAAAAGUACGUGAUAUGCAAAUUAAGGAUCUGCCACAUAACGAGUUCAAAUGCACAUCCGACAACAAUGAAGGCUGUUUGGGCGAUGGCUAUUGUCCGCCCGCCUGCACUUGCACCGGCACCGUAGUACGUUGUUCGCGCAAUCAAUUAAAAGAGAUACCACGUGGCAUACCGGCGGAAACAUCCGAGUUAUAUCUGGAAUCGAAUGAAAUAACAAUGAUACAUUUAGAUCGGAUACGACAUUUGAAAUCCUUGACGAGAUUAGAUUUGAGCAACAAUCAAAUCACGUUCCUCUCUAAUUACACCUUCGCCAACCUGACGAAUCUGUCGACGCUCAUCAUUUCGUAUAACAACUUGCAAUGUCUGCAACGCUACGCCUUAGCCGGUCUGCAAAAUUUGCGUGUACUCUCGUUGCAUGGUAAUCGUAUAUCAAUGCUGCCGGAAGGUUCAUUCGAAGACAUGAAAUCGCUAACACACAUUGCGCUUGGCAGCAAUCCACUCUACUGCGAUUGCUCGCUCAAAUGGUUCUCAGACUGGAUCAAAUUGGACUAUGUGGAGCCGGGUAUAGCACGUUGCGCCGAACCCGAUUACAUGAAGGACAAACUGAUACUCUCGACGCCCUCACACAAUUUUAUGUGCAAAGGCAAAGUUAGCAAUGAGAUAAUGGCCAAAUGUGACGCCUGCUAUACGCAUCCAUGCGAGAACAAGGCACAAUGCAUACCACUGCCACAGCGCGACUACCAAUGCCUCUGCCAGCCGGGCUAUCACGGUAAACAUUGUGAAUUCAUGAUCGACGCCUGCUAUGGCAAUCCAUGCCGCAACAAUGCCACCUGCACUGUGCUGGAAGAGGGACGUUUCAGCUGUCAAUGUGCGCCUGGCUAUACUGGUGCGCGUUGUGAAACGAACAUUGACGAUUGCCUGGGUGAGACCAAGUGUCAGAAUAAUGCAACCUGUGUGGAUGGUGUGGAAUCGUAUACGUGUGAAUGUCAACCGGGUUUUACUGGCCAAUACUGCGACACAAAGAUCAAUUUUUGCAGUGACGAAUUCAAUCCAUGCGCGAAUGGCGCCAAGUGUCACGACCACUUUACGCACUACACCUGCGAGUGCAUGGCCGGUUUCCAUGGCAUCAAUUGCACACAAAACAUCGACGAUUGCCAGAAUCAUAUUUGCCAAAAUGGCGGCACCUGCAUAGAUGGCAUCAACGAUUAUGUGUGCAAGUGUCCGGAUGAUUUCACGGGCAAAUACUGUGAGGGUCACAAUAUGGUCUCGAUGAUGUAUCCGCAGACAUCACCUUGCCAGAAUCACGAAUGCAAACAUGGCGUUUGCUUCCAGCCGAACCCCUCGGGCUCCGAUUACUUGUGCAAAUGUCAUCCUGGUUACACCGGCAAGUGGUGCGAAUACUUGACGAGCAUUAGCUUUGUGCAUAACAAUUCCUUUGUGGAAAUGGAGCCUUUGCGCACCAAGCCAGAUGCGAAUGUAACGAUCGUCUUUAGCAGUUCAGAGCAAAAUGGCAUACUGAUGUAUGAUGGACAGGAUGCGCACAUAGCUGUUGAAUUGUUCAAUGGACGCAUACGCGUAAGCUAUGAUGUGGGCAAUUAUCCAGUCUCCACAAUGUAUAGCUUCGAAAUGGUGGCCGAUGGUAAAUAUCAUUGCGUGGAGUUGUUGGCUAUUAAGAAAAAUUUCACAUUGCGCGUCGAUCGCGGACUGGCAAGAUCGAUUAUAAAUGAAGGCUCCAAUGAUUUUCUCAAAUUGACUACACCAAUGUUUUUGGGCGGCUUGCCACCAGAACCGGGACAGCAGGCGUAUAAGAAUUGGCAAAUUCGAAAUUUGACCAGCUUUAAGGGCUGCAUGAAGGAGGUGUGGAUAAAUCGCAAGCUGGUUGACUUUGAAAAUGCAGCAAGGCAGCAAAAGAUUACACCCGGCUGUGCAUUGCUUGAAGGUGAAGCGGCGGAGGAUGACGAACAGGACUUUAUGGACGAAACACCGCACAUCAAAGAGGUGGAUCCUUGCGAAAAUCACAAGUGUCGCCGCGGCAGCCGCUGUGUGCCUAAUUCCACAUACCGCGACGGCUAUCAAUGCAAGUGCAAGCAGGGUCAGAAGGGCCGCUACUGCGAACAAGGUGAGGGCACAACUGAGCCCGCAUCAAUAACUGUAACCUCCACUUGUCGAAAGGAACAGGUACGCGAAUAUUAUACCGAAAACGAUUGUCGAUCGCGUCAGCCACUCAAAUAUGCGAAAUGUGUGGGCGGUUGCGGAAAUCAGUGCUGUGCCGCGAAAAUUGUACGGAGACGAAAGGUUCGCAUGGUGUGCAGCAAUAAUCGCAAAUAUAUCAAAAAUUUAGAUAUCGUGCGUAAAUGUGGAUGUACAAAGAAAUGCUACUGACUGGAAGAUGCGACUACCCAA